CCCACAGCCACCACUGCGACACCACCAGCGUCACUCACCACACCAUGGGGACGCUGUGACGGUCUCUGUGGUGGGACAUCCUCACCUUGGGUGUCCCCAGUGCCACCACCACCACCAGUGUUCCCAGUGCCACCGCUGCCACCCCCACGGUGUCCCUGUCCCCUGCAGAAGCUGUCCCUGACCUCGUCCCACGGCGUGUCCCCCCCUCCGGCCCCGUCCCACAACGGGAGCCUCAGCCCGGAGCACCCCGAGCGCCCCGAGCCCUCCCUGGAGCCCGAGGACGACGACGGAGAGGCCCCCAACCCGUCCUUCCCCAACCCGCGGCGGCGGCUGCGGCUGCGGGACCUGGCGGAGCGCGUGGCGGGCGCGGCGCAGAACGAGCAGGAGCUGCACAAGCUGCUCAACGAGGCGCUGCUGGAGCGCGAGUCCAUCCAGGCGCUGAAGGGCAAGAGCACGUUCCGGCUGUCGCUGCGCUUCACCGACCCCGAGAUGGAGACGCGCUACUCGGUGGAGAAGGAGAAGCAGAGCGGCGCCGCCUUCAGCUGCUCCUGCGUGGUGCUGCUCUUCACCGCGCUGCUGGAGGCCGUCAUCGACCCCUGGUGCGCCGGGGACGCGCGGGGACAGCCACAAUCCAGGCCACCCCUUGGGGACACCUUGGGGACACCUUGGGGACAAUGCCAGCCACCCCUCGGGGCAAUCAUGGCUACCCCUUGGGGGCAAUCCCAGUCACACCUUGGGGACACUGUGGGGAUACUCUGGGGACAUCCCGGCCACCCCUCGGGGCCAUGCUGGCUGCGUGUCCCCGCGGUGACGCCGCGCUGUCCCCGUGUCACCCAGGCCUUCCCCAGGCGGCUGGUGGCCUUCUCCACCUGGAUCGACCGCACGCGCUGGGCUCGCAACUCCUGGGCCAUGGCGGCCAUCGCCAUCGUCACCGCCGCCGACGUCCUGGACAUGCUCGGCUGCCGCCGCGCCCGCUGGCCGGUGGCCAACGUGACCACGGGGCCACCUCGUGGCUGCGCUGACCAGCCCAAGUACUACGGGUACAUCGCCCUGCUGGCCCUGGUGGCCACCGUGAUGCUGGUCCAGGUGAGCCACAUGGUCAAGCUGACCCUCAUGGUGCUCAUCACGGUGGCCACCGGCGCCCUCAACUUCUCCGCAUGGGAGCCCAUCCUGGACCAGUACGACCGGCGGCGUGGCCAGCACGGCUCGUCGGUGCUGGUGCCCUCCAAGUACUCCAUCACUGCCAUGAUCUUCGUGGUGAUGCUCAGCUUCUACUACUUCUCCCGGCACGUGAGUGGCUGCGAAGGUCUCCUUCCUCCUCCUCCCUCC